CAAUUGCGGAAAUCGAAAAAUACAAGUGUAUUCGAGUUGAAGACGCUGAAGUUGGUUAAACUGGAGACUGCUGAAGUUGAUCGCGAUAGAAAGUAGAGUAUCGCGGGUGUUAUUAGAGGUUCUUGGACUUCUUGAUUUCUGUCAUCUUUCCUAACCUCUCACUGCUUUCGCCCCACGGAUGUCCCGGUAUCUUUGCUGCCGUGUAACUGGUGCAAUAAUUGAUUACCGGUGAUUUAAUCGCGCGUGAACAAUAACAUGAUGUCGCGGUCAGUGCGGGCGGAGACUCGUAGUCGUGCCAAGGAUGACAUUAAACGUGUAAUGCAAGUAGUUGAUAAAGUUCGUCAUUGGGAAAAGAAAUGGGUCACAAUAGGAGAAACAACUAUGAAAAUAUAUAAAUGGGUACCAAUCUCGACACUCGAUCAGAAGAAAAAGGGAAAAACAGUUUCCGACAAGGAAAACGGUUUACCAAGGAAAGGAGGAAUAGAAUCAUCAAAUUCCAAUUUUGGUCUUACAGAAGAUUCCAAUACAUGUUUCUCUACUGUUAGUGAUUCUCAAGGACUGACAGAUUUCUCUGCACAUUUGGGUUUUUCAGAAGAUUCGAAUUCACAAAACAGCGAACCUGCACCUAAGAGAUUAAAGACUGACUAAUGUUUGACCUAUAAUCAGCAUCACCGCCAAUACGUCGUAUAGGGAUUGACAUUUAGGAAUCUAUCUCUUUCGUGAACUUUGCACUUGAUAAGUUUUAAUUAAGAGACAUACUUCUU